CGGCAUGUUCCAUCUCCUUCAUGAAUGAUUUGUUUAAAUUAAAAAACUAAUUAGCUUCUCCUUUUGUUUUCUCUCUCUUCCACGCCUAUAAAUUGCGAGCGCCAUGAACACCACACCACAUCCAAACAGAGUGAGUGAAGAGUUUGAAGAAAUGGAGAUGGAUUUCCCUGUUAUCAACAUGGAGAAGCUUAAUGGCGAAGACAGAGGAGCUGCCAUGGAGAAGAUCAACGAUGCUUGCGAAAACUGGGGAUUUUUUGAGUUGGUGAAUCAUGGGAUAUCACACGAGCUGAUGGACGAAGUGGAGAAGCUGACGAAGGAGCAUUACAGAAAGUGUAUGGAGCAGAAGUUCAAAGACAUGGUGGCGAGCAGAGGCCUGGAUUCCGUCGACACUGAGAUCAACGACACUGAUUGGGAAAGCACUUUCUUUUUACGCCAUCUUCCCGUUUCCAACAUGUCCGAGAUCCCUGAUCUCGAUGAGGAUUACAAGAAGGUGAUGAAGGAAUUUGCGGUGGAAUUGGAGAAGCUAGCUGAGCAGCUUCUAGACCUGUUAUGCGAGAAUCUUGGGCUUGAAAAAGGGUAUUUGAAGAAGGCUUUUUAUGGAUCCAAAGGCCCCAAUUUUGGGACUAAAGUCAGCAACUAUCCUCCCUGUCCUAAACCAGAGCUUAUCGAGGGUCUUAGAGCCCACACUGACGCUGGUGGCCUUAUUCUCUUGUUCCAAGACCACAAAGUCAGUGGCCUUCAGCUUCUUAAGGACGGCAAAUGGGUUGAUGUCCCUCCAAUGCAUCACUCCAUUGUCAUCAAUUUAGGCGAUCAGCUUGAAGUUAUUACAAAUGGAAAAUACAAGAGUGUAAUGCACCGGGUGAAAGCUCAACCGGAUGGAAACAGAAUGUCGUUAGCAUCAUUCUACAAUCCAGGAGACGACGCCGUAAUCUAUCCGGCGCCGGCACUGGUGGAGGGAGAGGAAGCAAGCAGCAAACUUUACCCAAAAUUUGUGUUCAACGAUUACAUGAAGCUGUACGUGGGGCUGAAGUUUCAGGCAAAGGAGCCAAGGUUUGAGGCCAUGAAGGCCACGGACUCCACCAAUCUCCAAAUGGGUCCAAUUGCGACUGUUUGAGCAACUCCCUUUGGUGAAAAGAAAGGGCAUUUUGUUUAUUAGAAACAAAAUUUAGUGGUACAUUAGUGCAGAUGUUUCGUUGUUUGGGGAACAGUGUCUUAUUUUCUAUUUUGUAGCCGCUUAGGAGGCAUGAAGGCUUCUUGUUUCUACGUGUGUGCUUGGUUUUUGAAAUAUGGUUUGUUG